UCCUCCGCGGUCGUCGCCGACGCCGCGAAGCGCCCCCUGGCGGUGAGCACCGUCGUCGAGGACUUCGGAUUUCUGCCGAGCUGCUCGAGCCUGGAGCGCGAGAGCUACACGCUGCAGCGUCCCGCCGACUCGCUGUCGAGCGGCGACGACUCGGUCGCCGACCGACUCUACGUCGACUACCUGUUCUCGCAGGGCCUCGCCGACUCGCUGACGGGCGGCGCACCGAUGACAGCGCCACCUAGCUGCCCCGUCGAUUCGGCCGCGCAGGUCGACGUGUGGAGUCGCCGCCAGAUGGAGCUGGAAGCGGGCAGCAGCUCGUCGGACCUGGUCGUGCUCGGUGUGGGACUCUCACAUCUGGAGCAUCUUGCGGGAGAAGCGGCGCACAUGGGCGCCGCUGAGCUGUCGGCUGGGGUGGAGACGGCGGCGAUGUCGUCGAUGAUGCAUAACUACAGUCUGAGCAGCCGACCGCAGCCGUCCAGCUGGCGACAGCAGCGCCAGCAGGCGUCGUGGCAAGCUACGGAAUUCUUAGAUAAGAACAACAAUGGCUACAGUUUACUCAACAAGGGCUGCAUCAAUGCACCGGGAGUCACUCAGGCACUCUUGCCCGCCUACAUGUCGUUCCCUGCCAAUGAUAAGGUAUUCUACUGUGGAUAUCCCGGUUGUGGAAAGAUGUACAACAAAUCCUCACAUCUCAAGGCGCACGUGCGGCGACACACGGGCGAGAAGCCUUUCAUCUGCACGUGGCCGGCGUGCGAGUGGCGCUUCAGUCGCUCCGACGAGCUGGCGCGCCACCGGCGCUCGCACUCGGGCAUCAAGCCGUACAAGUGCACGCUGUGCGAGAAGCGCUUCUCGCGCUCCGACCACCUGUCGAAACACAUCAAGGUGCACAAGCGGCACGGCGACAUACCGCCGUGACCCCCGAUGUGACGUCAGCGCCUCCUACGGCGACGCGUCGGGCGGUGACGUCACGUCGUCGGAUUGUUACGUCAGCGCGUUGGUGCGUGACGUCACCGCGUCGGACAAUUACGUCAUCGGACAGUGAUGAGAGACAGAUCAUGACUUGAGUAUGACGGUGACGUUGUGACCGCCGCCGGCUGUCAGCGUUUUGUGAUCUUCUUAGCUGUUAUUAGGAUAAUAAAUCGCCUUAUAAUUUAAUCGAAGCAGCAGUGAUAAUGAUGCUGUAGGGGUUUUUAUCUCGUAUGUGAAUUUCGAGUUUUAGAGCAUCGUAUCAUUGGCGCACUGUAUUUGGUAGUGAAACGAGAGAGAGAAUUAUAUUAUACGAUUUUCUUAUUAUACAUUUGAUAUGAUCGACGUGGUUUAUCAAGCAAUCACACAGAUAUUCCUUUAGCGGCGCAAACGCACAAGCACGCAUGCGCACACUGACAUGCGAAGAGAGGACAAGUAGGAUGGAGA